UUGGUAUCGAUAUAAACCCGAAUUAAAGGGGGAAAAAUCGGCUGAUCGGAAACCCUUAUCCCUUAGCAUUCAAAUCCCACCGGCGACGCUCUCACCUCAUUGGCUGCGUGCUCCUGUCAAUCAAGCGGUGUUCCUUCCACUACCGCUCCUACAGUAAAUAUUUGUGUUUGCUCAACCGGCUGUAAUGGUGGACGACUGAGGCAGGGGGGAAACGGAGAGGAAUAAAACUAGAGUGAGAAAACACAGCCGAAAGUCUGCUUCAGUGCCAGCCGUGAGUAGGACACAAGCUUCGUCGAAAAUGGAUGAACUCAAACAUCAAGUGAUGAUCAACCAGUUCGUCCUGACGGCGGGUUGUGCGGCGGACCAGGCGAAGCAGCUUUUGCAAGCGGCACAUUGGCAGUUCGAGACUGCCCUCAGUGCCUUUUUUCAAGAAACAAAUAUUCCAUACGGCCAUCAUCAUCAAAUGAUGUGCACCCCAGCCAACACACCAGCGACGCCCCCCAACUUCCCCGACGCGUUGACCAUGUUCUCCCGGCUGAAGGCGUCCGAGAGCUUCGGCAGCGGCAGCAGUCCCAUGGCCGCCUCCAUGGCCACCUCGCCCCCGCCCCCUCAGGUUGGCGGCUGGGGGGUCCCGCCAAACAUACCUAACGCACCCCAACCCCCACAGGGACUUUGGACUCAGGGGCAGCCCCCCUCACAGCCCUGCCCCGCCUGGCCCACGGGCGUAAACGUUAACCCGCACGCAGGCGCCGAGCAGAAGGCGAGCGUAGCGAUGGAGGCUGAGAGAUGAGGGGCUGAACGGGACUCAACAGCCCCCCCACCCCACUCACCCUGGGGAUGGAGGGUAAAGGGGGAUGGAUGGGGGGAGGGAAAGAUGGGUGGGGGAAUUAGAUGGGAUGGAUGUGGAAAUGGGUGAAAACGGGCUCUGGUCUUUUUUUUCCCAAAACUGCGGGUGCGUGGUAUAGAUGGAUGGAGAAAGCGACGGAAACUACGCAAAACCAAGGAAAACUCAACGUGGACAGUUAAAGGAGAGGAGAAAACCAAUGCAAAUGCCGAUACAAAAAUAGAAAAAAAAAAGAAACGCACACACAUAGUAAUAAGAGAGCAACUGAAAAUCUUUGUUAGUUUUUUCCUAAGUAAAUGCAUAGAUAAGAGAAAUAUUAUGGAACUAAAAAAAAAAAACAAAAAAACACAAAAAAAAAAAAAAGAAAAGAAAUCGUCACGCCCAAGGAUUCUUUGUGAUGUUUUUUCCAGACAAGGACAUUCGAUUCAAGGCAGCAACCUUAAUUGUCUUUUUUUCUUUUUCUUUCUUUUUUUGUCUUUAUUUUGUUUUCAUCUUUUCAGCCAGUGUUUUCUGCCACUGGUGCUCUGUGUUCAGAAACUGUCUGUGCUGCAUGAGGAGAGAGGAACUUGGCAAUGCAGUGUUUUAGAUCGACUCGAUUCAUCACGCACUUGAGUGUGAGCUUGUAUGCAUGUGAGCGGGUGGUCAGUUAAUCAAGUUGCGCACACACACACACACACACACACACACACAGACAUACACAUGAAUGACAAGCCACACAUUUCCACACACACUCACACACAGACACAUAUACACACAUUAGUGUUUAGAGGAAACACCUCCAUACUUUCAUCCCCAUCGUCAAGGUGGGACUUUUCUUACCUCACCUGGUGGUCACCUGACUUCUUUCAGCCAAUCAGGGAUUCUUAAACCAACCGUUGCCGACGACGAUGCAGGACAUGUUUUUAAAGGUUUUUCUUAAAAGGCAGCAGCCGCUCUGGUUUAGCUCAUGCUAACUGAUCCUCGCUACAAAGGCUUUUCCUUCAGCAGUAGGCUGACAGAGUUUUAAACCUGGACUCAAGACUACAACUGUCCACUGCAUAAGGUUCUGCGGAUUUGGGUAUUAUUAUAAGAAAAAAAAAUCAUGGUUUGUUAUAAUAUAGUUUAUAAUGCUAAUUGUUUUUUGUUGUUUUCUUUCUUUUGAAAGUAGGUUAAGGGAGAUGGCUUUGAAAAUGGGUGGGACUUGUUGAUCCCUUUUUUUUUUUUUUUUUUUUUUUUUGGAGAGCAAAUCAAACGCAGCUAAAAACGGCUCCAGAUUUUAAAACCAACAACGAUAACACGACUACUCCAUCUUUGACUCUUUUUAAGCAGAAUUGACACUUUGCAUGAUGUGUUCAUAACGUGUAACAUCUUUUGUAGCAAACAUACAUGAAGCCGAGACACGUGUCUGGGAUGAGGGGGUUCGGGCGGGGUGGGGUGGGUGGUGGAGGUUAUUCCCAAAGCUAACGUGAAAAUGCAGUAAUUGUGUUUCUCUACACAGCUAAAACUGUAAACGUCAGUGUCUCACAGUUAAAACAAAUUUGUUUGGAGCGUUUUUGCCGUUUUUCCAAGACACUUGCAUCUAGGUCGACAAGAGAAACAAACUGCUCAGGCUCGGGAAGCUUUGGGAAGUCCGCCGCAGGCUGUUCGGGGACACUACAGACUACUUUCAGAUAUAUAAAUAUAUAUAUAUAUAUCUAUACCCUCAGAAACUGUACUGUAGAGGGGUUUUUACAACAUUUAGGUUUCUGGUUUUGACCGGUCCCUGGUCCAUUGAUACUGCUGGGGGACAGUUCAGGGAUGACCCUGAUAUACGGCAAUAUUUUAGAUGCAGGGUCUGCCCCUUUUAAUUUCACCUGUCAGGGUUAUUAUUUUUUAAUUUGAUAAAGGAAGAGAGAAAGAUAGAUAUUUUGAAUAGCUGAAGGUCUUUUUUAAAAGGUAAAAAGAAGACUAGGAUUAUGGAUAUAACAAUGGAUAAAAUAACCCAUUUCCUAUUAUUUUGACUAAACUAAUGUUUCAGUUCAUCCUUUUCCAUGCUUCAUACUUUAUUUGGUUCAAUCAGAGCGUUUUCGGGUGGGCCUGUUCCUAAAUGGUUUCUCAUGUAUGUUUCCCCCUUGUAUGACUGUAUGAUACCAUUCCCACAAUAUUUGUGGACUACCUGAUAAUUAACUUAUCAUUUUUUGUGUUCCUAAAUAAAUAUCGUAUGUCGACCUA